AAGGCGGCGCCCAGUUUAGACAGUAGCCUUUCGCUGACUGACUGCACAUGGGACUGACUUCUGAAUGAUCGCACAUGAACGACCUCUGAAGACGCACAGUUUGGAUACUAAGCGGGCUGUUACAAUUGUAUACUUUACUGCGGUUGGAUAGAGCUCUCGAUUAUUGUAACUAUUUGUCGCUUAUGAGUUACUGAACCGCGAAUUUCGAAUCAAUGUCGUUCCACGUUCACCGAUAAGAGUCCCUUUGAAAGUGAAAGAAAAUGAGAGGGACCACGCUCGGUGACGUCUUCCUAAAAGGCAGUCUACAACAUGAGGAAAUGAUUACUGAUGGUUACCACAGUCACGUGAUGAGUGGAACAUCCUUGACCAUAAAAACACUGCUAAUUAUAAUACUACAGUGUCCAUGUGUCGCUAUGGAAUGUCAUUACAAUUCCAUCAUUAAUGACUGGGUUAAAGACAUCCCAAGUGAUUAUCAACUUGAAAUUCCAUUCAACAUUGAUGAUGAUAAGAUUAACUGUGAAGAUCUUCUUCAGGCUCUUGUCAAAAGCCACUGUUUGAACCGGGGACAGGACUGUUUAGCCACCAGUUCUUGUGGGAAAACAAAUGAGAAAACAAAAGAGUUGAUUGGAGCCUGCUUUAAAAAGGAUAUUUCCUGCCAGAGUUCAAAUCAGACGUAUCAGAAGUCUCAGAAGUUAUACAUGUUAGUGAAUAGCACUAAUUUCCGCGAGGCGAUAGAGUGUUGUCAUGAAUGGUUCAAAGAGACUGAAGAUACAGUACAGAAGAGAGAUUGCUCUAGAACCUUUUCUUCCCCUGGUACAACAUCCGCAACGUCCCCAACCAGGAAUACAUUCACCACCUCCACCGCAUGCACAAGUACAACAACAGCAACAAUCACCACCUCCACAGCAUCUCAUAGUACAACAACAGCAACAACCACCACCUCCACAGCAUCUCAAAGUACACCAGUAUCUACCCCCAGCAUAGCAUCCAACACCACCACCACCAGCAGCAUCCCAUCGAGUACUGUCACAACAGAAAAGGAAACAGCCACCACCAGUUAUGUCCAUUCUUCUUCCACCUCAGAAGCAUUAAGCAGAGAGCGCCUAAGUGUCGUGGGAUUUCUUCUGAUGGUAUCUGUGAUUUUAAACAUAGUUUUUUUGGGGUUCUGGCUUAAGCAGAGACACAGACACCAGCCAAACACACAGCCCUAUAGACACUGUACAUGUGAAGGAAACAACACAUACAGGUUGAAUGACGUACCAUCAGAGAGUGGGUCUGUGAUCUAGAACUGGAUGCCGCCUCCAGUGUUGCAUGGCUGGAUUUGGAGACAUCAGCUGCAGUGUUGCCAUGCCAUGGAUUGCAGAGGAAGGACCUGGUAUGGCCCCUACACUGUCCCCAUCAUUAACUGCCAAUCUCAUCUGCAUCUGGAAGCAUUCAGAGCUAUAUGGCUUUGGGUAAUAGGACUCAACAAGAGAACCAUGACUACUUACAACAUUACCGACACAUCUGCAUGCAAAGCUUUUCAUAAUGUUAUGGCACAUGAAGACAGUGGAACGAUGAAUGAAAACCACUGAAUGACUAUUGACACUGUGAUAUGAGGACAAAGGAAACGUAUUAUCUCAGAAUCCAGCCACGAUUCUGAUUCAUUCAAGAUGUCAAAAGCAGUGGAUGAACUGAACCAUUACAGAAUGACAGAUAUACGGACAAUCCUCUUGACCUCGUGGCUUGGUUUUCCCUUUGACAUAUACUGUGAGAUCUUAUAUAGACAGUGUGCCUCUACUAAUAAUGUCCAAUGAAUUCAUAUACCGUAGGCACAGGUGGACUCCAGUCAAAUUGUAGAAGCAUCUCAAGGACUAUUGAUAGAAGUAGUGUGACAAUCUGAAACAUAACAUAUAGUAUAUCUGUUGCACUGUAACAUGACAAACAGUAUAUCUGUCUGGUACAGAAAAAAAUAUAUUCUUUUAACGUGUCAUGACGAAAUGUUACAUUGCGUUAGAAUGUAUUUGUGUCCCCCUUUUUGUGUUAAUGUUAGCGUGUAUUCUGUCUGUGGCUAGAAGUUACUAUUAUGGGCAAUGUUCUCAUGGAGGUUGUAUAUUAUUUUUGUCUACCAUUGCUGACUCUGUUGUGUCUGUGUAUAAGAUCUCUGUCCUAAUACAUCAGUAUUAAGAUGAGUAAAUGCAGUGCUGUCCAUAAGAAUUGGAACACAUGCUAAAGUUGACUUUAAAGACAAAUAUAAAAUCACACAGGGGUUGAUAUACUUAUGACCCCUAUAUUUUAAGGAAAAUAUCUAUUUAUUUACGACACAUUGUUCAUUUACAAAGAAAGUCAUCUUUAGCAUGUGUUCCAAUACUUCUGGAGGGCACUGGAACUGGCACAGGGCCAAAGACAAACCUGACUCCUGUCCAUGUUCUAUAUUGAAUGUAUGCACAACCUUCUACUGCAUGUUCAGGUGUGAUUUAUGAUGCUCACUGCUACAUUCGUGUCAGACCGUUCCUGACCCACUCAGAUUGACAGCUGGCACUCAAUCAUGAAAAUGGCUGGAAUAUUAUCCGCAAUAUAUUUUUCUUGGUUUAAUUUUCAAUACCCAAAUGAGAAGAGUUGUGAGUUUAGCUGUUACUCUAGGUGCCAACAGUAUGGUAAAACUAUUCCAACAAGCUAUAGCUUUACCUAAUAAUACUUCCUUGCCUCAUCCUCAUACAAAUAAUCAUUAGCUAUUUCAUGUCAAGUUGCUCAUAUCGAAUUCCUCUUUAUACAAAAUAAACAUUUAUAAAUAAUGCACUAUUUAUUGUUGUAUUUGAUAUGUACUGUUUGUCUUUUAUCAUGUUGAGUCUACAGUAUGCUGUAUAUACAGUAAAAAAAUGCCACUUUUGCCACAACAGCCUCUGAUGAUUAGGCCUGCAACUAACAAUUAUUAUCUCCACGAAGGAUGUUUUCAUCAGGGUUUGUCUGUUUGUUUGUUUGUUUGUUUGUUUGUCUGUUCGCAAGAUAACUAAAAAGUUAUGGAUGGAUUUCGAUGAAAUUUUCAGGAAAGGUCUGAAAUGACCCAAGGAAGAAACGAUUACAUUUUGGGAGUGAUCCGUAUCACCGUCUGGGUCCAGGAGAUGGUUAUGUUUUUCGCUUGGCGGAGUGCUUUUCUAGUUAUUGUCAUAUAGUUCAUUCAUCUGUGAAUUAUUUUCUUGACUAAUUGUUGUUUGUUUGAUCGAUAAGAACGUACAACAUGAUCAAACAGUGCUGAUCAGUGUUUCCCAAAGUCCCAUGGGCCAUGACCUCUGAGGUCAACCUCCCUUGAUAGUCUGGAGAGAAAAUAGUUUGUCUUUAUCAUGACAGCUCUAUUUUCUUUAUCUCAUGUAAUCCUUCAAGAAUAGCCUGUUUAGCCCUAUAAAUAACAGUAAGAUUGUCUAAGACAGAGACUUGAUGCUCUCAUACUCGCGUAGAAUGCUUGUGUUUGUAACGUGUCUCUGGCGUCAUGAAUAAAGCUUUGUACACUAUCGUACGAUCA